AUGGAACUCUAUAGCUCAGUACAAAGCAAUACAGCCUCGAAGAAUUCUCAAUGUAUAUUCUGUGAUAAGAAUCAUUUUAGUGCUGAUUGUAGAUAUGCUCAAAGUUUACCAGGUGAUCAAAGGAAAGAUAUUUUAAGGAAAAAAGGUGGUUGCUUUAGGUGUUUGAAAAUUAAUCAUAUUUCUAGCUCUUGUAAAUCCAGAAUCAAAUGUUUGAAUUGUGGAAGAUUACAUCAUUACCUUUUAUGCAAUAAUAAUCAAACCCAGUCUCCCAAGGAAAUAACAAAAUCUAAGCCUGUUAAUGAUAUUCCCGUAGAAGAUCAGACGCUGGCAAAUGUUUCGUCUUCACCUCAUGUUUUGUUGCAGACUCUUGUAGUUCACUUAAGAGGAGAAAAGGGUAAAGUGAAGAUUAGAGCAAUAAUCGACUCAACUUCUCAAAGAUCGUACAUUUUAAAAAGUACGGCGCAGAGAUUGAAUUACCAACCCCACCGAAGAGAAAGCCUGCGACAUUCCUUGUUUGGUGGAGCGAGUACAGAGGUCUGUCAUCACGACGUUUAUAGAGCAUUCCUCACUGACUUCGAUCUGACUUACAACUGUAACUUUGAAGUCCUCGGCCAAGAAACAAUCUGUGCAACAAUCCCACCCGUUGCGUAUGGUAUGUGGAUGAAAGAACUUCCAGAAAACAAUAUCCAUUUGAGUGAUCAACACCAUGGAACCAUAGAAUUAUUGAUUGGUGCAGAUGUUGCCGGAAAGCUUCUGACCGGAGGUUAUAAGCUCUUACCUUCUGGUUUAGUUGCAAUCGAAACAAAAUUAGGAUGGACGGUCAUGGGUCGUACAAGAAGAGAAAAGAGAGAUGGAAACACAGAUCUGAUUGUUACUUCAAUGCUUGCAGGAGGAAUUUCUGAAACAGAUUUAUGGAAUCUUAAUAUCAUAGGAAUCAAAGAUCUAGCUGAAAAACAAUCAAAGACGGAGAGGGAAGAAGCUUCCAUGCAGUAUUUCUUGAAAACACUGAAGAGACUUCCUGAUGGCCGGUAUGAAGUGUCUCUUCCCUGGUUGGAAGGGAUGCAGCCACCUGCCAAUAAUAGAAUGAUUGCGGAAAGAAGACUCAAGGGAACAAUUAAGAUUCUUCAAGCAAAGAACUUGCUAGAGAGCUAUGAAGAUGUCUUCCAUGAAUGGCUGAAAGAAGAAAUAAUAGAACCUUUGGAUAUUACAAGAUUAGAUGAUCUUCUUUGCACGUACUUACCACAUCGGGCCCUGAUCAAAGAGAAUUCAACAACAAAGAUUCGACCGGUCUUUGAUGCUUCAGCCAAACAGAAGAAUGAAUUAUCUUUGAACAGCUGUCUUGAAAAAGGACCUAAUUUAGUGGAACUGAUUCCGAGCAUUUUGAAUAGAUUCCGACUUGGAGCGUUUGGCAUAAUCGCUGAUAUCAAGAAAGCAUUCCCCCAGAUAAGUAUUAGCGACAAGGACAGAGAAUAUCUAAGAUUUUUAUGGUUUGAAAACGGAGAUCCUGAUAAAUUGAAGAUUUAUCGCCAUAAACGUGUGGUAUUUGGAAUAAACGCAAGUCCUUUCCUCCUUGGCGCGACUAUUUAG